AUGGCGGCCAAUGCGGGAUCGAUGUUUCAAUAUUGGAAGCGCUUUGAUUUACAGCAGCUGCAGAAAGAACUUCACACUACCGCCACCUCCCUGGCCAACAGACAAGAUGAAAGUGAGCAGUCCAGGAAAAAACUCAUCGACCAGAGCCGUGAGUUCAAGAAAAACUCCCCAGAGGAUCUGCGUAAGCAGGUAGCUCCACUCCUAAAGGGCUUCCAAUCAGAGAUUGACUCCCUAUGUAAAAGAAGCAAGGAGUCAGAGGCUGCUUUUCUAAAUGUGUAUAAGAGAUUAAUCGAUGUUCCAGACCCUGUGUCGGCCUUGGAAGCAGCACAGCAGAUGCAGUUGAAGGUCCAGAGGAUGCACGAGGUGGAGACAGAGAACCAGAAGCUCCGCGAGAAGCUGAAGGAGUACGACGCUAGUCACGCCGAGGUCAAGAACCAAGAGGUCACUAUUAAAGCACUUAAAGAGAAGCUGCAGGAGUAUGAACAGUCACUGCAAAACCAAGAACCGGAGCAGGUCCAGGAGAAGGACGAGCAGCUUCCCAACGACUAUGCAGACAAGGACAGUGAGCCACAGGACAGUGCAGAGCCUGAGAGCAGCAGUUUAGAUGAUGUCAAAGCCCGGCCAUUACAGACCGCACUUGAAGCAACUCAGGCAGAACUACUGGAUCUGAAGAAUAAGUACAACGAAGAAUCCACCGCAAAGGCCAAUGAGAUUGAAGCAGUGGUGGAGGACCUGAAGAGAGCCAAUCAGAGAGCGGAGGCGGCAGAGAGAGAAGCAGAGACCUUGAGGGAACAGCUCAUGUCUGCCAACAAGUCCCUGCAGCUGGCCAAGCAGAUCCAGAAAGCCCCUAACAUGGAGCAGGCUCUGGAGGUGUUGUCCUGCUCCAGUCUGGAGGCUGAGCUGGGCGCUAAGGAGCGAGAGGUGACACGCUUGGCAGAAGAUGUGCAGAGACUCCAGAGUAGCCUGGCUCAGCUGAGCGAAACCUCUGCCAGUCAGAUCAGUUUGCUGGAGCAGCAGCUCAGCUCCAAAGAAGCUACGCUAAAGCAACUCGAAGAGAAACUCGAAAAGCAGUCUGACUAUGAAGAGAUUAAGAAAGAACUCAGUAUUCUCAGAUCCAUGGAAUUUAGUUCAUCUGAGAGCUCUUCAGCAAAGGAUACCUCCAAGCCUUUGGAGAUGUUGCUGUUGGAGAAGAAUCAUAGCUUGCAGCCAGAAAACGUUUCAAAAAGAUUAGCCAACAGUGAGCUGAGUGGCCCUGCUGUUAAAAAAGGAAAAGAUUCUCCGGCGGAGAACCAGCAGCGUCUUCCUGCUACACCUGUACCCACCACUUUGCAUGGAUCUCCUCCUCCUCCUCCUUCCUCUCAGCUGCACAUGAGGACAGGUACGGCUACCUCUGAGUCCGCAGCCAACGCCAACGCUAACGGGACACAUCCCUUCUCCCCGACGGGCAUCGGGCCAGACUUCUUCAAUCCUGCAAUGGCCAGUAUUGGUGGCGCCUUCCCCCCAUUGGCGGGUAAAGUGGCCCUCACGUCGCUUCUGCAGAGACAGCUCAUGCAAACCUUCUACACCAAAGCUCUCCAGGAGUCCUCAUCAGGUUCCGUCCUCUUCGGCCCGCCGCACUACGGUACGACCAACUCGUUGGCCAGUCCGAUUCCCACUCAGUCGGCCGGCAGCCCCGACGUCAACGGCAUGGCGCCCUCGCCCAGUCAGUCCGAAGGCGCGGGCAGCACCUCGGAGGGCGAGGACAUGGACACGGCGGAGAUUGCCCGGCAGGUGAAGGAGCAGCUGAUCAAGCACAACAUUGGCCAACGCGUUUUCGGCCACUACGUCCUGGGCCUGUCGCAGGGCUCGGUCAGCGAGAUCCUGGCGCGGCCCAAACCCUGGAGCAAGCUGACCAUCCGGGGCAAGGAACCCUUCCACAAGAUGAAGCAGUUCCUGUCAGACGAGCAGAACAUCCUGGCACUGCGCAGUAUCCAGGGCAGGCAGAGAGAGAACCCAGGCCACAACCUGAACAGGGUUUUUCAGGAUGUUCCGAAGCGAAGAACCGGUUCCGAAGGCUCCUUGCGGCCAGGUAACAUCACCACGAGGAUCCGCACACCUGAGACUGGGUCAGACGAGGCCAUAAAGUCCAUCUUGGAGCAAGCCAAGAGAGAGCUGCAGGUGCAGAAAGCAGUGGAGACUUCUCAGCAGCCGUCCUCCUCCUCGUCCAGCAGCUCAGACGACACCAUCCGCUCCAUCCUGGAGCAGGCUCGCCGUGAGAUGGAGGCCCAGCAGGCUGCUUUGGAGCCCAUUCUCAAGGCCAACUCCAUGGCUCAGUCAGACCUCUCGCUGCUGGGACCCAAGCUGCUAGGCUCCUCUCAUCUCUCUGCCCUCCCUGCUUACUCUCCGCUGAGCCUGUCUCUGAAGAAACCUCCUCUGCGGUCCACCUCACCCACCCAGCUGCUUGACUAUCAUGGCUCCUCGGGAGUGAAGAAGGAGAACAGUGAGAUCCUCGUCUCUGAGGGUGUGCUGGAUGGAACCUCUAAGCACGGACGAAGUUCAGAAGGCCCAAGCGGAGCGAGCUCCUGGAGGGAACACUGGUGGAGCACUUUGCAUUCAGAACGUCGUGGAGGAGGAAACCAGUCCAUCAGCGAGGAUACCCACAGCCAGGAGGAUACCAAUGAGAAGCCCCUACGGCUGACCAGCUCGGCAGCUGUGGCCCCGACCUCCUCGCUGGACUACUGGAAGGACUGGCCCAGCGCAGAGUCUCCUUACUCCCAGAGCUCCGAGCUGAGCCUGCAGAUGCCCAGCGGCAGCGAGACCCCUCAGAGCAGCCCCCUGCCAUCUUCCUCACCUUUACUGCCCCUGGCGAAGGCUGCCAAACCCGUGGUGCCCCCUCUCACGCCCGAACAGUAUGAGUUCUACAUGUACCAGGACGUGGAUACCGUGGAGCUCACGCAGCAGGUCAAGGACAAGCUGGCCAAGAACGGUAUCUGCCAGCGCGUGUUCGGAGAGAAGGUGCUGGGGCUUUCUCAAGGCAGUGUGAGUGACAUGCUGUCACGGCCAAAGCACUGGAGCAAGCUGACUCAGAAAGGCCGCGAGCCCUUCAUCCGCAUGCAGCUGUGGCUGAACGGAGAGCUGGGCCAAGGCAUACUGCCUCUUCAGGGACCAGUGCAAGAGAUCACUCCUAAGACGUCCGCUAGCUGCAGCCCAACUCCUGAUUCCCCCAUAAGUUCAGCGGAGGAGUCGGUGAAAAGCCAGGAGGAACCAGUUAGUCAGCCUCCAGCUCAGGAGUCCAGCGAACCUUCUGAUUCACAGCCUGGAAUGCCUUUGCCUGUUCCCGGCCAUUCCGGCCUCAGCAUCCAGGAAAUGGUGGCCAUGUCCCCGGAGUUGGAUACCUAUGCCAUCACCAAGAAGGUCAAAGAAGUGCUAACAGAUAAUAAUCUUGGCCAGCGUCUGUUUGGAGAGAGUAUUCUGGGCCUGACCCAGGGCUCGGUAUCAGACCUCUUGGCCCGGCCCAAACCCUGGCACAAGCUCAGCCUGAAGGGAAGGGAGCCCUUCGUCCGCAUGCAGCUGUGGCUCAGCGACCCUCGCAACGUGGAGAAACUCAUGGAUAUGAAGCGCUUGGAGAAGAAAGCCUACAUGAAGAGACGUCACAGCUCUGUGAGUGAAAGCCAUUCGGUUGACAGCGCUAUGUCAGGAGGAGAUUUCAGCCAGGGAGCCAGUCCCCAGCCUCACCAGCAGCACCCCAAACAGCAGCUGAAGAAACCCCGCGUGGUCCUGGCUCCGGAGGAGAAAGAGGCUCUCAAACGAGCCUAUCAGGAAAAGCCUUACCCUUCCCCAAAAACCAUCGAGGAGCUAGCCAACCAACUCAAUCUCAAAACCAGUACUGUCAUCAACUGGUUCCACAACUACAGGUCUCGUAUACGUCGAGAACUUUUCAUUGAAGAGAUCCAAGCAGCAGCUGGCGAGGGUGGUUCUCCCUCCGCUCGGACAGUAAAGUCAGGAGGCGAGGGCGACAACAGCUGCGAUGGCACUGAGUCCGAUAGCACGGCGGAGGGUCGGACCUCCGGAGCGGCGGGCUCGGAGGAGCACGGGCAGCUCUCAAAGAGCCCCGGCCUUAACCACAGGGAAGAAGAGGCAGCCGGCGGAGAGACCUCGAGUGCCCCAGGCACCAGUUCUCAGAAAGCCGGGGUGAUUGACAGCUUGUUCAGCUUUCCAGAGGCGACGUCCAUUGUCGCACCUACCAUAGCUGCCUCCAGGAACCCAAAGGACAGCAGCCUGCGUAAGAAAAAAGCAGCCAACCUCAACAACAUCAUUCACAGGCUGGAGAAAGCUGCCAGCCGUGACGAACCCCAUGAAUGGGAGUUCUGA